AAUGGACUCGACGAAAAACCGAACCGAAUGGGACUCGGAGCUCCGGUUUCCACGCCGUCUGGCUUUCUAAUUCCUUCGCCGGCACUCAAUUCCGCUAACGUGCACAAUAAAAAUGGCAUUUUCAACUUUUCUUCCUAUCCGGCCUACUCUAUUUCCUCCUCCUCACUUCUCACGUUCUUUACCCAGAAGACCCCCAAUUCUACUGAACCUUAACCCUAGAAAACCCGAUUCUAGAAUGUCGUUGCUUAGUUCCAAUGCUAUCUCGAUGGAUGGCGCGAUAUCGGGGAUGAUGACCCUGUUUCAAUUGACGCCACCAACGUGGCAGUCAGCGUUGCUCAGCAACCUCAUCAUCUUCGUUUUGGGAUCUCCUAUUCUGGUCUCUGGAUUGUCUCUAUCCGGAAUUUCUGCUGCCUUCUUGUUGGGUACUCUCACUUGGCGCGCUUUUGGGCCGUCCGGGUUCCUUCUUGUUGCUUCGUACUUUGUCAUUGGCACAGGUGUCACCAAGGUUAAAAUGGCUCAGAAAGAGGCACAAGGGGUGGCUGAGAAGAGGAAAGGGAGACGUGGGCCAGGCAGUGUAAUUGGUUCUAGUGCUGCUGGUUGUGUUUGUGCUUUUCUCACAAUAUAUGGAGUAGGAGGAGCGGCAUUUUCUCAACUUUGGCGUCUUGGGUUUGUGGCCAGUUUUUGUACUAAGUUGAGUGAUACAGUCUCAAGUGAGAUAGGAAAGGCAUUUGGCAAGACAACGUACCUGGUUACAACAUUUAAGGUAGUUCCAAGGGGAACAGAAGGGGCUGUAAGUGUUGAAGGAACUGUUGCUGGACUUUUGGCGUCAAUCAUUCUUGCCUUCAUUGGUUGUCUUAUGGGUGAGAUAAAUGCACCUGAGGCUAUGGUAUGCAUAAUAGCUUCCCAGAUUGCUAAUCUUGGUGAAAGCAUAAUUGGCGCUGUAUUCCAGGAGAAGGAUGGAUUUAGAUGGCUCAACAACGAUGCAGUUAAUGUGAUCAACAUAACCAUGGGUGGCAUUUUAGCUAUCUUAAUGCAGCAAGUUUUUCUCCAAAAUUUGCUCAUGUAGGUUCACCAACGGUCACUGGACAUCUUCUCCCAUGCCUCAGUUGACAUAUAAAUCAACACUAGUACAGGAAAAGCCUUGAAUCCGAUAAAAGGAGACGGCUGAAGCACCCUGAAUCGCUGAUUAGUAAUCUGCAAAUAUAGCCUGUGCUGCUCUUCUCAAAAUGCUGUCUAACUUGUGAACAACCUAUAAUUGUUGGUGAGUGUAUUUGAAAGCUAAUCCGGGAGAUGAUUCGUUGUAUAGUUUCUGAUCCACCUUUCAAAAAUUAGUUUCGACUUUCAAGACCUCAUAAAGUUAGCUUGAUUCACAUGAAGGUUUUCUCACUUGACAGGAUUUUGAUAUUUGAUGGAUGGCACAAGAAAGUAGUUGUUCUUUCUUAUCACCUAGUUAACAAGGUUCAAUACGAGAUGGAAGAAAAUAAAUUUUUGGUGUGUAUUUUUGAUACAUCAAGAGUAGCUGAACAUCUUGAUUUUUAUGUUUGUAAAUUCGAGUUCUCUUUUUCUUUUUUCUUUUUCUUUUUUACCCUUUCUAAAAAAAUUCUUAAAUCCAA